UUGACGAUCCCUGCCGUUUACUGUGGUUGGCAGUGCACAAUGCCCUCUUGCACCCCCAAGUAGAAUGAAACUAAAACCACACCGAGAUUUGUCUCGACAACAUUUCUGAAGAAGCGAAACCGGAUGCCCAGCCAACACGGAAUUUCGAAGUGGCGGACUGACAACGGAGGUUGGCGCGAACAAUUUUCUGAUUUUGGGAAGUUGUUGCGAAAGAAAAUACACGAACACCUACAGGAUGGGUACCGAUCAACAUGGUAAGAAAGUCCAAUGCGUACUUUGUCAAACGUCCGAGGAAAAUCGGACAACUGGACCGCUAUCAACGAAAGGUUCUGUCACCGCUCACCAGAACUGCUUGCUGUAUUCCUCAGGGAUUAUUUGCCAGAAUUCGCCAGAGUUUGACGACCUGUUUGGUUUCUCUGUGGAAGACGUCCUUAUCGAGUUGAAAAGGGGAAACAGACUGAUUUGUUACAGAUGUAAGAGGAAGGGUGCCACGGUGGGAUGUGAGGUGAAACGCUGUAAGAAGUCCUACCACUACCCCUGCGCUGUGCGAGAUGGGGCCCAAAACUUCGAUGACCAUAGAGAAGAGAAGUUUACGUUGUACUGUCAGAAGCAUAAUCUGGAGAUAGCAGCAACCAAUGAAACAGUGAGUAGAGCUUUGUCUUUCAACGGUGAUUCAGACACAGCGAUGAACAACAAUGGAGAAACGUCACCCAAGUUGUUUUGUCUGGUCUGUGAGAGGAAAGAGGAAAGCCUCAGUCUAGAACACAUGGAUAGUGGCAUUGACAAGUUGUAUUGUGAAAAGCAUAAACCACAGUCGUUGCAGAAAGAGCUGAAAGGACUUGAUGCAGUGGCAGGACCCUCAUCUUCCCAUAGUGACUCCAACAUGUCUACUAAACGACGGCAGAAACAAACACCCAAGAGACGAUUGAGCUGCUCUAGCACACCGGAAGUGAAAUCAUCAAAAAAGUCCAGAAAGGGAAGCAAGAGUAUUCAGGACGAUUUCUCAAACUCAGACGGAGAUGUGAAUGGAAUUGACAUGGAGUUAGCCCCUUUGGAGUCUGAUCUAGAAGACGGUGUGUUCUCUGAACACAGAAAUCAUGCUGAGGCUCUCACCACAGGAUGUCAGCCAGAACCUGAAAACAGAGACGAUAGCGAUGGGGACCAUACAGUCAUAGACUCAGAUGCUGAGUCUCAGAGUCUGUUGCUGCCUGUGAUGCUGUGUGUGGCGUCUGAAGAACCCUCUCAGGAUACAAACAUCUCAGUGUGCAGUUCUCAGCCGUGUUCUGCGGCUAGUCCUGGUUCACCUGUCCUCUCUGGACAUGGCAGCUCUCUCACACUUGGUCCCAUAUCAUCCGUCCACUCUGGUCCACUCAAUGUCACCAACACACCUACUCGUACCAGUCCACCCGUCCCCCCUGAUUGCUGUUUCACCCCUGUGUCCUCUCCACACUCUGUCUCCAAUCGUCCUCCGGCUGGGCCCGGAGGCCUGGGUUCACCUAUUGCUUCUGGCUCUGACUCUGCAGCCAGCAGAGUGUUCUGGGGAAGGUGUAACGAAGCAGGCUGUACACAGUCCAUCUUCACCACCUUCUUCUCUGACAUGGUCAGCAUCUCCAAUAGGAUCCUGUCGGAUAAGGCCAGUCAGGAGGAUUAUGAUCUCUCUCUGAGAGUGAUGGAGGCUUCUGGAAAAUUAUCACAGAUGCUCUCAGAGCAGGAGAGAGAGUUUAAGAAGAAGCAAAUGGAGUUACAGAGAGCUACGGCAGCCAUAAGGGAUGCCAGGUCAGCCCUGAAGAGAUAGGCAGCCCUGCCAGAUCAACUACAACCCCCAUAAUCCACCUUCCCCCAUUCAGUUCAUUGGCAUCACAAGAUUUUAUGGAGUGCAUUAUGCAGCCAUAUUGAGAAUUUGUUUUCACGUAGUUCCACUUUCUUACCUUGUCAAUAUUAUAAUACCCCCCCCAAAAAAGUUCUGUUGUUGUUUAUACUGUAUGUUCAACCUCCGAGACCCAAUUAUGAAACAAGAGACUGCCGUUUUGCUUGCCAGUAACAAAAGGAUGUUUUAACUUUAAACAAUAUAUAUUUUUAUAUAAAUAGGUCCCAAAAAGUGUUGCUAUUGUGUUGAUAGCAAGUAUACUAAACAUUAAGAACACCUUCUCUUUCCAUGACAUAGACUGACCAGGUGAAAUCUAUAAUCCCUUAUUGAUGUCACU